AAAACCAUUGUUUCAUACCGGAGCUUUGAACAUGUCUUCAAUGGCGGCUUCAUCGGUAAUCGGGUUUAAGGGAGGUUUAGGAAGUUCGUUCAGCGGAGGUGAAGACUAUCCCACGUUGGCUAAAUCGGUUCCCUGUGUCGUUCGUGUCGGAAAGGCCGUUCGAGCUCAGCCGGUGAUGAAGAACGUUAACGAAGGGAAAGGGUUGUUCGCACCGCUCGUGGUGGUUACCCGACAGAUUGUCGGGAAGAAGAGGUUCAACCAGCUUAGGGGAAAAGCCAUUGCCUUGCAUUCUCAGGUCAUUAAUGAAUUCUGCAAAGCAAUAGGGGCCGAUGGCAAACAAAGGCAAGGACUGAUUCGUCUGGCAAAGAAGAAUGGAGAAAGGCUUGGAUUCCUUGCAUGAUUUUAUGUAGUUUUGAUGUCAAGAACAUCCUUCAGUCUAGUUUGUAUUGUUAUA